AUGGUGAAGAUGAACGUAGGGGAAGGGGAGGAAAUUGCGCGGAAGGGAAUCUGCAAAAAGGAAAUCGAAAAGAAGUACGAGAGGAGUAGGAUGGCGGUGGAGGGUGGCAAAAAGUUGUGCGCCAGGAAGAAGUUCGUACAAGACAAGGAAUUGAGCGAGCUGUGCGAGUCUCAGUGCGGAAUGAUUAGCGGAAUGGGCACCGACGUAGACAGUGGCGUGGGCGCCGAUCUGGGAAGAAGCUUACAGGGAGAGCAACUACGUAGACGCGCACAGGACGGAGAAGAGAGGAAGGAGGGCGAGCAAAUGAAUUAUGAAGUGGUGCGGAACAUCAGCAGAAACCUGAACAGGCAACUGAGCAGAGGCGUGGGGGACGAGUGCGUGAAAAACUUGGUAACGCAAGUCAGUUACAGCCACCUGUUCACUCUUUUGAAAAAUAUAUUAACAUACCUUCCAUUUUCUAUCAAUGACUACCUAAUAGGAACAUUGGAAUUGAAAGAAAUUAUAGAUAACAAAUACAACACCUGCUUCCAGCUAUACAAGAAAGAAGAACUCAUGAACCACAUCUAUGAAAACGAAUCGAAAAAUCUAGUGGACAACAAGGUGUUCAACUUAUUUUGUAAGUACAAAAUAAUGAAAAAUAAAAAGGGGCCACUAAACCACAUGCACGUUCUGAAUUUUCAAGAAGGUGGAAAAGAACAAAAUCUGGAAAGCAUCCUUAUCGACAAGUCUCGAAUUUUUAUGUACAAAAUACAUUCAUUUAUCGAAGGGAGAGAUUUAAACCUUUCGUACAUAUACGAAAUUUGCCAUGGGUUGGGAUACAAAACGGAAACGUUCCUUCUAUCUGUUUUUAUCUUCGACUCGUAUAUACAUACUAUUAACAAAAUGACGGAGAAAAACCAUUACAGGAAAAUUAAACUCUUAGUGAUUAUCUGCUCCAUCUUGCUAGCCCUGAUAAAGACUCAGGUGUUUAACGGAUCCAGUAUCAUGUACCUAAAUGACAUUCUGUAUCUUGUUAAUAAACUUAGACAUGACAAAGUCAAUUACACAUGUAUCGAAAUUGCCAACAAACAAAUGGAAAUCAUCAAGUUUCUCCCACUUAAUUAUAAUAAUUAUUGGACCUACUCAGAGCUAACGUAUGUUUAUUUAAUUAAUUUAAAAGGUUGCUCGAAGAAAUAUCCGGCCAUUAAGAUUUACUACAUUUUUCUAGAACACUUUGGCUUUCUGUACUUCCUAUUUGAUGUGAUAUAUGCGUACUCCAUGUACAUCACAGCGGUCGGUUCGUACAAGGUGAUUCCGGCGAGCAGAGUUGUAGCCACGAUAAUUUUGUACUUCACGAACGCGUUCUAUAACAGAAUGAGCAACAGUUUGCUCUUCCAGGAGAAUUUUUGUCAGGAAGUCUUCCAUCUACCCUUUGCAAAUGAUUUGUUCAUGUGGUCCUAUCUGCUACUGAACAACUUUAUUUACUUCUUCGAACAUUGUGUCUUUCCGAACAAGAACUACUCUUCUAUUUACUCCAUUUUUUACGAGACGGGCCGCAUGCUCAAUAUCCGCACCGUUUUUUGA